AUGGGUUUGGGGUGCACUCCCGCACAGCUCCUGCUCCUGCCCGCCCUCCUCCUCCUCCUGCCGCUCCUCCUCGUGGUGCCGCUCCGGGCCCAGCGGGAGGAGGACCCGGGCUCGCCCCCCGCGGAGGACCGGGACCUGGGCAAGGCCAUCCUGGAGAUGCUGCACAUCAACAAGCUGUCCACGCCGCACCGCGCCAAGCCACACCCCUACAUGAAGCAGGUCUACCUCUUCCUGGGGACGCAGGAGGCCCAGGACCGGGCCGGCUCGGAUGGGACGCUGGUGCAGAGCUUCAGGAGCAUUAAGGCAGGCUGGAAGCACGGAGCUCCGGGCUGGAUCUGGUUCAAUGUGUCCCACCUGAAGCCCUCCGUGGCCCUGGCCGAGCUGGUCCUGCUGCGGAAGACUCUGCACCCGGAGCCGCUGGGGGUCAGCGUGGCGGUGCACAGCUUCUCUCCGCGCGGGGGGGGCAACCUGUCGCUCAGCGAGCCGCUGGAGGAGAGGCGGCUGACCCUGGACCGGCUGCCGCCGUCCGGCUACGACGUGUUCAACGUGACGGGGGCCCUGGCGCGCCGCGGCGAGGGCGGGGCGCUGGGCUUCCAGCUGCGCUACACGGACGAGAGCGGGAGCCUGGUGCUGCACGAGGCCCUGACGCGCAGCCUCUACUGCCUGGACGUGAGCUCCCAGAGCGAGCCGCUGCUGGUGGCGUACCAGGAGCGGCUGGGCCAGCGCCGGUCCCCCGCCCGGGGCCCCGAACGCAGGCAGCGGCAGCACUGCAGCGCCGGCCGCAAGAGGCACCUGCCCCCGCCCCCGCCGCCGCAGCCUCCCGGGACAGCGCGGUGCCGGCUCCACCAUCGCUAUGUGGACUUCCACACCGGCCACCUGGCCAACUGGAUACUGGAGCCCGUGGGGUUCAACAGCAGCUUCUGCAGAGGUACCUGCGAUAAUGGAGAGACAACAGAAGCUUCUAUUGAAGACAGGCACAAUGGAAGGCACUCAAGAAAUGGGACUGGCUGUUUUCCACAGGAACUAUCAUCUCUGAUCGUUAUGUACAGGAGCGACACAGGCAACAUUGAAAUUGAGACACUCAGGAACAUGAGGGCAGAGAGCUGUGUGUGCCGACCCAAUGAUCCAAAAUAAUAGCUUGAGUGCACAGACGCAUGAACACACACAGGGGUGCACAAUAAAAAGGUAGGACAAAUGUGAGUGGUUAAGAGAUCAUGUCAUACAAAAACAUACACAAGUACAUACAUAAAAAAACAUACAUAAGAAAAUCAGAAACAUCCUAAAUAAAUGCAAUGCUUUACAGCACAUCUAUUACCAAUGCUUAAAGAGGGGUGUGCGUUCAUAUUAGCAGGAGCUCUAUGCAAGUAAAUUGCUGUUCAUGAGUGUGUGUGCGUGCAUGUAUUUGUGUGAGUGCAUACAUGUACAUGUGUAUGCAAAUCAGGCAUACAUUCUGUAUUUUACACAAAUGACGUAUGACUGUUUAGCCACAGGGGGGCAUAAUAGUGCAGGCUUCAUUCCAGUUAGUCUUUUUUUGGUAUAACUACUGAUUUUGACAAAGGUAGGCCAGUGGCAUUUCAGUGGGAAUUGGAAGCCUUACAUAAGUAUUCAGUUCUCCCUAAGCAGCAUUCCUAAGCAAAGACACAACACCAACAUGCGCUACUUUAUUUGAGGCAAUGCAAGUCAUAAUGUUGACAAAAAAAUUUAGUCACGUGCACGCAUAUAGCAUAUGAAUGUUCAGUCUUGAUUCUUACUGCUCGUUUUUUUAAAUGCUAAAUUGUUUGAUAAUAUUAGAGCUAAGAAUGUGGUGCACAGUAUCUGUAAGGUUAUUUUGUGCCUAUGGAUAGCAGCAGAGUAAAAAUACCCUGACUUGAUAUGAUGAAAUGAACACGAAUAAUGCAUAUAUUGCUUGUGUCCAUGAAAAUGUAAAGACAGACACGAAUAAUGAAUACGCAAAAAUACCCUGACUUGAUAUGAUGAAAUGAACACGAAUAAUGCAUAUAUUGCUUGUGUCCAUGAAAAUGUAAAGACAGACAUGAAUAAUGAAUACAAUUGCAUUCGUGUUCAUUGCAAUCUGGAAAGAAAUAAUAA